AUGAGUGCCAGUGCGACCGUGGGCCCAAGCUCUGCCGCUGCCUCUGCCGCUGCCAAGGGCUGCGAGCCGCCGUGCUUCACCAUCAAUGCCUGCAACCGAUGCCGCCGCCGCAAAGCAAAAUGCGAUCCCGGCCUGCCCUCGUGCGGCCCCUGCCGCCGCACUGGCGCCGUCUGUGAAUACACCGACCCGCGGUCCAAGACGGCCACGCCGCGCGCCGUUAUUCUCCAGCUCGAGGACGAGCUGGCCCGCCUGGAGGCCGACCUGCGCGCCCAGUCCUUGUCGGAAGGGCGUCCGUCGCCACAUGGCCCGGUGCCUCCGCCCGGCGGUAGUAGCAGCGGCAGCAGCAAUGGUCCCGACUUGAUCCGACUCGAACCCGGUGAGGAUGCACAUUUCCUGGGCGUGUCGAGUGGCAUGCACCUGGCACGGUCGGUCCUGGAGUCGGCGCAGCGAAACGAGGCGAGCUUCCAGCCGGGACGGCGCAGUGGGAGUGGGAGUGGGAGUGGCAGGAACAAGGAUGGCAGCAGUGGCACCAACACGACUGCCAACAGCGGCCAGUCCAGCGGCCAGUCCAGCGGCCAGUCCAACUCGGCCGCGUCCACACAGCCAGGGUCGCCGAGGGACGAGCCCGCCGAAGUAACUGCACAAUCAACAGAACCAGCAGAAUCAACAGCAUCAACAGCAACAGAACCCCCGGAACCUUCGCACCCGACUAGGCCCGUCUUACCUUCCCGCGAGACGGCCGUCAGCCUCGUCGACAUCUUCCUGAGCCAAUACGAGGUCCAGUACCCCAUCGUCACGGGCGACGACAUGGCCCAGAUCGUCAUGGACUACUACGGCGGCGACUGCGCUUCCCUGGCCGAGGACGUGCCGGACCACACGCCCAUUGACCGCGAAACGAACGCCUGGAACCAGUUCAUCCUCAACAUGGUCUUUGCCAUUGCCCUCGUCGUCCUCUCGCGCGAGAGUCCCGAGUCGCUCGCCCUUGCCAAGAGCUUCAGCAACGCCGCCAUGGCCGACUUUAGCACCAUCAUGCAGCGCAAAAGCGUCUGCACCCUGCAGUGCCUCCUGUUUUUGCUUCUGUGGUCCGUCCUGGACUCGUCGUCGGCGCCCAUCUGGUACAUUUCCGGCCUGUGCAUGCGCAUGUGCGUCGACCUGGGCUUCCACUCCGAGACCACCAUCGGCGUCGGGCCGACUGCCACUCCAUCUCUCUCAUCCCCCCCAUUUCCGUCCGAAAUGGACGUCAAGCGCCGCCUGUUCUGGGUCACCUACACCUUUGACCGCACCCUCGGCACGCUGCUCGGCCGCCCAUUCACGCUGACCGACAGCAUGAUUGACGUGAAGCUUCCCCAAGAUGCCCCGUCUGGCCCCAAACGCGACAAACGCGACCAGGUCCUGCACUGGUUCCGCCUCCAGCGGCUCCAGAGCCAGAUUGUCUGCCGCCUCUACAGUCUGCGUAGCGGCGACAGCAAGACGGACAAAGACGACGGCCUCUCUGACGACACGGCCCGCUGGAAGACCGAUAUGGCCGCGCAGCUGCGCCAGUGGGGCAGCCAGGCCACCAGCCUCGCCGACCCCCAGGGCCACACUCUCGACUGGUGGGAGUACUGGCACCAGAACGCCCUCCUGCUGCUGCACCGCCCGUCGCCCCUCAAGCCGCAGCUUGACGCCGCGGAGGCCGACACCUGCUGUACCGCCGCCCAGCACAUGAUCCAGCUCUCUUUUACGCGCCUCCAGCGCGGCAGUGCCGACUUCGCCUGGGUCGACCUGCACUACCAGCUCAUGAGCGGCAUCACUCUCCUGUUUCUGGUCUGGAAGCACGCCGCCACGCGCGCCAAGGCCAAGACCGGCUGGACCUCGUUCAAAAACUGCCUGAUGCAAUGGACCUACGUGCUCGACCAGCUCGCCCGCCAGUGGGACCGCAUCUCGCGCGCCCGCGACGUCCUCACCCGCCUCGUCGACACCACCAUCGACAUUGUCGAGAAGGAGCUGUGCAACAAGCUGUCGGCCAGUGACGUUCGCGUCCUGCGGCGCCAUGCCCACGCCUCACGCAUGAGCCGCAACAAGACCAUUAUCCGCCAGCUCGGGUCGCCCGGAACGGUCCCGACAGGCACCAACGGCAUCGUACACGGUCCACGAGGCGGCAGUCCUCACAGCGUGCCCAAGAGCACUGUCAACAACCGGAUGUCCAGCCGGCAGACAUGCGACAUCUACAGCCGCAACAGACGCGACAGUCUGAGCAGUAUCAGCCCCUCCAACAUCCACAUCACCAACACGCACAGCAACAGCAACAACCUCCGCAUCACGUACCAUUGCAGAUCCAACCUCCCCAACCGCAAUCCCACGCUCAACAUCCCAUCCAUACCGGCGUCCGUCGGCAGCGCCUUUCUCAACCAUGCCGACAGCAACAACAAUGGCAACAACAUGUACGCCAUGCAAGUCUCCCCCUCCCACAGCGGCCAGCCCAUCUCGCCCCAAUGGAUCACACCAGCGGCCGAUCCUGCUGCCAAUCAUACUCUUCCCCAUUCGCAUGGCCACCACCCACUGCCUCUUGUCGCGCCCUUUCAUCACACCGGCGACCUUGUUCCAGCACACAGCCAGUCGCAUACCGAUCCCGUCGUCCAGCUCCUCGACCAACAGGCGUGGCACGGCCUCGAGCUCUACGAAAGCUUUGGCGCCCUCCCGGACAACAGCAUAACAAUGCUCGACUACUUUUCCGCGACGCCCCUAGGCAUGGAGGAUGGUUCACUCGGGGGUGUCCCGCUCGGCCGAAUGGACAUGGAGAGCACACUACAACAUGCACACGUGCCGGACGGCUCCCACCAUCCACCCGCGAGCCACGACAUGGUCGGCGUCUGGCCGAACUCGCUGACCAACAGCAUCCUCAACUUCCAGCCCACCUUUCACGAUCUAGGCGAUUUCGGGAGUUGA